CAAAAAAAACAUAAAACAACGUUCGUCGUCUUCUUCUUCAUCUUCUUCCCCUUCUCAACUCUCAAUCCACCUCUGAAAAUCCAAACAUUUCUCUCUCUCCAUCUCUCUCUCUCUCUCUCGCGUGCUCUCUCUCUCUCUCUCUCUCUCUAGCUCUCACAGAGAACAAUGAGGCACAACAAACACAGCUCAGAGGCCACCGAGUCUCGAUUCUUAGGAACCAUAUCCGCCUCCUCCAUUCGAAACCUCCUUCCCAGAUCUCUCUCCAAACACUCCAAAUCCACCUCCAAAUCCAACGCAGAGAACACUCCGCCCUCCGAUCCCAACGUCCCCACCGUCCAUUCCCUUUCCUCCACCAUUAAAUCUCCACCGUCCAAACCACAGGAUGACAUUGUCAGAUCGGACGGUCCAUCUGAAGUAUCAGCGCCACCAGAUCCACCGGUGAAGGAUGAGAUUGUCAGAUCGGACAGUCCAGACGAAGUAUCGGCGCCUCCAGAUCCACCGGUGAAGGUUGUGGUGAGAAUUAGGCCUGUUAAUCAGGCGGAUCAGGUGGUUAAGAAGGUCUCAUCCGACACAUUGUCGGUCGAGGUUCGGAAAUUUAGGCUUGAUUCGGUGAUUGAUUCGAAUGCAAAGCAGGAAGAUGUGUUCCAGUUAGUUGGAGUGCCUUUGGUGAAAAAUGCAUUAGCUGGUUACAAUGCUUCAAUUUUGUCAUAUGGACAGACUGGAAGUGGAAAGACUUACACGAUGUGGGGUCCGCCUAGCGCGAUGGUUGAGGAUCCUUCAGCCAGUAGUCAUCAGGGAAUUGUUCCUCGGAUUUUCCAAAUGUUGUUCUCCGAGAUUCAGAAAGAGCAAGAAAACUCAGAAGGGAAGCAGAUAAAUUUUCAGUGCCGAUGCUCUUUUCUUGAGAUAUACAAUGAGCAAAUUGGGGAUUUACUUGACCCAAUCCAGAGAAACCUUGAGAUAAAAGAUGAUGCAAAAAAUGGAUUGUAUGUUGAGAAUUUGACUGAGGAAUAUGUGACUAGCUACGAGGAUGUGACACAAAUCCUGAUCAAGGGGCUUUCUAGUAGAAAAGUUGGAGCAACUAGCUUAAAUUCUAAGAGCUCGAGAUCCCAUAUUGUUUUUACUUUCAUCAUUGAGUCAUGGUGCAAGGGAACCUCAUCUAAAUGUUUUAAUAGUUCAAAAACAAGCAGAAUCACCCUUGUUGAUCUAGCUGGACUUGAUAGAAAUAAAGUUGAUGAUGCGGGCAGACAAGGUGUGAAGGAAGGCAAACAUGUGAAGAAGUCCUUAUCACAACUUGGGCACUUGGUUAAUAUUCUUGCAAAGGCUGCUCAGUCUGGAAAUUUUGAAGAUAUUACAUAUAGAGGUUCCUGUUUAACACAUUUACUGCAAGAAUCACUUGGUGGCAAUUCAAAACUGACGGUUCUCUGUGCCAUCUCACCAGAAAACAAAAAUAGUGGUGAUACACUAAGAACUCUCAGAUUUGGACAACGAGUAAAAUUCAUUAGAAAUGAGCCUGUAAUAAAUGAAAUCACAGAGGAUGAUGUUAAUGGUCUCAGUGAUCAAAUUCGUCAGUUGAAGGAGGAACUUAUAAGAGCAAAGUCUAGUAAAUCAGUAGGAAGUCAAAAUGGAUAUUUUCAAGGGCGUAAUGUACGUGAAAGCUUGAAUCAAUUGAGAGUAAGCCUUAACCGCUCUUUGAUUCUACCCCCCAUAGAUAAUGAUUCUGAUGAAGAGGUAAAUGUUGAUGAGGAUGAUGUAAGGGAGAUUCGUCAGCAUCUAGAUAAGUUGCAUAGCUCUUCUGAAGACAAUAUUAGAGACAAGCCUGUUAGUAGGGAUUCCAUCCAGUUUUAUUCAAUGGAGGAAAGUGGUGACACAGACUUGAUGAGUGAAGUAAGUAUGACUGAAGAAGUCUGUAUGGAAGAACCUUGGAACGAACUUCCUCAGAUGGCCAAUGAUUCUAUGGAAGACAAUUUUGUAAGUGCUGCUAACACCUUAACAACUUCUGGUCCUGCAACCAGAAGGAGCAUUUCAAUUAGCUCACGCUGUCAGUCCCCACUCCUCCAAGACCCACCAUUGUCUGAAUCUCCAAAAAUUGGAAAUAUACAAAGGAAAAGCAUGAAUAUAUCAUCAUCAAGUCAUUUAGUAAGUCAGAACAGUGUGUCAGAAAGUUCCAAGUUCAACUUGGAUGUUUUAAGACAGUCACUUAAACAGAGUGAGCAGGUCCAUUCUUCUUUGCGGUCAAGCAAGACAUUUGCUGGCCCUGCUGAGAACUUGGCUGCUAGCCUUCACAGAGGCUUACAGAUUAUUGACUAUCACCAACGGAACUCUGCAUCAAAAAAAUCUUCAGUUUCCUUCUCCUUUGAGCACUUGAAAUUGGAACCUUGUGCAGAAAUUGAUAAGGCCAACGCUUCUGUUCAGACACUACCAGAAGAGAGACCAUCUUCAAAUGGACCAUCUGCUUCUUUCCUUUGUACAUCUUGCCAACGAAGAAUAUCUAAGAAGGAUUCCAAUGAGGUUAAGGAUAGCUUGAAGACAUGGAUUGUAGAAGUGGAUGAGGCAGAGAAUCCUACUCAAUUGACAGAUGAAGUGCCUAAAGAUGCAGGCGAUGCUAUGAUAAAAGGUCUUAAGCGAGAGGAACUUGAAAACGUGUGUGUGGAGCAAGCUGCUAAAAUUGAGCAGUUGAAUCGACAGGUAGAACAGUACAUACUUAUGGAAGAAGAACACAGUCAAGAAAUUAAUAAACUUCACCUUGAGGCUUCAAAGAAUGAAAUAGUUCCAUUUAAGGAUUCCAAGAAUGAUGAUUAUCAUUCACUGAGGGGUGAAGACAAGCUUCUAAGGUACAAUUCUGUUGAAAAUUAUCAGCCGGAGAUUAUAAAGGAAAAAUGUGAAAUAAAGGAAGUUGUGGAAGCUGGGACUGGGAACCAAUAUUUUGAUCUGAAUGAGAAGGAAGCACUUCUUAAGGAAAUUGAAAGUUUAAAAAGCAAGUUGCAGUCAUAUUCUGAUCCAUCUUCUAACAAGUCUACCGAAAAAUUGAGAUCCUCUUUGUUGUCACGAUCAUUCCAAUUACGAAAAAGUGGUGUAGAUCAACUCGGUUAUAGCAAGGAAGAACUAGAGAAGGAAAGAGAGAGAUGGACAGAAAUGGAGAGCGAUUGGAUUUCUUUAACUGAUGAACUGAGAAUUGAUAUUGAAUCCCACCGCCGACGUGCAGAGAAGCUGGAGAUGGAGUUGACAUUAGAGAAGAAGUGCACUUCGGAGUUGGAUGAUGUACUUCACAGAUCAGUCCUUGGGCAUGCUAGAAUGGUUGAACACUAUGCUGAACUACAGGAGAAGUACAAUGACUUGGUUGGAAAGCAUCGUGCAAUCAUGGAAGGGAUAGCAGAAGUGAAGAGGGCAGCUGCAAAGGCAGGGAAAAAAGGUCAUGGCUCUCGUUUUGCAAAAUCCCUUGCUGCAGAGCUUUCUACAUUGAGGGUGGAAAGGGAGAGGGAGAGAGAAUUGUUGAAAAAGGAGAACAAGAGUCUUAGAAUUCAACUUAGAGACACUGCAGAAGCUGUUCAUGCUGCUGGAGAACUCCUUGUUAGGUUGAGAGAAGCUGAGCAUGUAGCAUCAGUUGCAGAGGACAACUUUACAAAGGUUCAACAAGACAAUGAAACGUUAAAGAAGCAAGUGGAGAAGCUCAAAAGAAAACACAAGAUGGAGAUGGUCACCAUGAAGCAGUAUCUUGCAGAGAGCAGAUUGCCUGAAUCUGCAUUGCAACCACUAUAUCGACAGGAUUCAGAUGUAGCACACAACACCACAAUCCCAUAUGCAGAUGAUGAUCAGGCAUGGAGAGCAGAGUUUGGAGCAAUAUAUCAAGAGCACUACUAAUUCUCCUUGUGAAGUUAAAAUCGGCUCUUGAGAAUUGGAGGUGAUGAAUAUUGUUGUGUGGCAAUGGCAGUGCUUAGCCGUAAAUCUGCUGAGGGGCUUGCAUCAUUCCGACCCUACUUGGGUCGAAGCAAUAUGCGAUUCUUGUGUCAUUCAUUUGUUGUCUUUAAUUUCCUUUUAUUCUUUUAAUGGUUGGCGUGAUUAUGUGUUGAAGAAUGUGUUCAUCUUUGUUGACUCUGGAUGAUUAUGGAUGCAAUUGAAUGUUCAUUCUUUAGUGAAAA